GGCUCGUGUCUGCUCUCCUUCUUUCUCUGACACACACACACACACACACACACACGCACACACACGCGCACACCCACACACGCACACGCGUGUCAGCAGUCCAUGUAGAACCACGUAGCAGCACAGCUUUUGGAUUUUUUUUUUCUAGCAAGCCGGUCAUGGAUCUUUUUGAACUGGACUUUUUCCGCGACUGGGAGCUGGAGCAACCAUGUCAAUUGGAGUCGGAGCGCAGUGUCCUGAAAAGGAGAGAAUGGGAGCGGAGGAACCAGGAGGUCCAGCAGGAUGAAGAUUUGUUCUCAACUGGAUUCAACCUGUUUGGAGAACCUUACAAGACGAAUAAAGGAGAUGCGUUGGCAAGUCGGGUCCAGAACACACUUGGCUCCUAUGAAGAAAUGAAAGACCUGCUAACCAGCCAUUCAAACCAGAGCCACUUGGUGGGGAUCCCCAAAGGCAGCAGUGUCAACAACAACAUGCAAACACCGACCAGCUCAGCCACGACAGAGUCCCAGUUUUUUAACGAAAGCCUAAAUACCGGACCCGAGGGGGGCGGAAUGGAGGGAGUUGGGGAGAAAAGGCUCGGAAGUGCAUCCUUGUCAUCCUCCAAGACCAUGCAGCCUCCCACAUCGACAACGGUGUCAUCAAGCUCGCAGUCGGUGCCGCAUCAGAAUUCCAAGAAGUCUCGGAGCUCGGUGGAGUGGUCGAAAGUAUGCCAGGCACAAAGCGGCACAACGAGUCUUCUUCUGGGGUUGGGCCAAGGCCAAAGUCAGGCUCCGGGAGCUGCAAAUGGAAGAGGGAAAACGUUUGAGGAGCAGCAAAUCCAAAGACACGAUGAGCUUUUCAGCUCACUGAAAGAUGAACUGGGGCUGAAAAGAGAUUUGAGCCCUUCUUCGUCAUCUUCAUCCUCUUCUUCUUCCUCCGCCUCAUCUGGAAGACGGCAUUCUUCCCACCCUUCAAAAGCACUUCCUCUCCCAGAUGCUGGCAAUUAUCGAUCUUCUGCCAUGGACGCUGGCCACUGCAAAACGUCUGGCUCCCCACAAGAAAAUGAAGCAAGCUCUCACGUCUCCAUGUCCUCCUCUCCGCUGGCUUCCACAUCACUUUUGUCAACAACACCCGUACCUGGUCUUACCACCCCCACAGCUACCUUUCCACCUGGUAGCCUAUCAGGGAAGCCAAUUGCAGUGCAGCAGAAGCCAACCGCAUAUGUUCGCCCAAUGGAUGGCCAGGACCAGGCGCCCAUUGACUCACCACAAUUAAAGCCACUUCUAGUAGCACCAGAAGGGUUCAACGGGGGUCAAACUUAUGGUGGAAACUCUGGGAACAUGAAGAAUAAACUGCCAAAAUUAAGUCUGAACCACACCGCUGAGGUCAGCAUUCCAAAUGACUCCAGCUGUGUUGAAGAGAUUUUGCGGGAGAUGACCCACUCCUGGCCACCCCCUCUUACCGCCAUACACACGCCAGGAAAAGCUGACCAGACCAAGUUCCCUAUUCCCAGCAAGGAGUCGCAGCAUGUGACCUCAGGCUACAACACAAAGCGCUGUCCUGUAUCAUCUAACAAGCCAGCUGUGAAACCACCGACGGCGCCACAAAAGUCAAUGCUGGAGGAUGACCUGAAGAUCAGCAGCGACGAAGAAGAGGCCGAGCAACAGGUAUCCGGCAAGCCUAAAGCCCGAGCGACAGCCUUAAGUGGCGCAUCGGGGAGCAGCAGUGAAUCGGAGAGCAGCUCGGAGUCGGACACAGACGAAUCAGAGAGCAGCUCCAGUGACAGCGAGUAUAACCAGGCCGCCCGCACCAACUCCCCUGAGCCUGAGCCGUCUUCCACCGACAAGUGGCAGCUAGACAGCUGGUUGAACAAAGUCCAAGCUCAAACCAAACCUCUAGUGGCCCCACAGCAAGAUCACCAUGCCGCAGGUUCUGUCACUAAAAUUCAGGAGCCUUUCACACAGCGAAGUGAAGCAGCAGGAGUGGGUUCUGCUGCCAAAAUUAAAGCCUGCGUGUCCUUCAGCACCACCAUUCUUCCCACGGUGCCAACAGCAGAGCACAAAGAUGCCAGGGGAACAUUCUGCCCGAACAAAGAGAAAACGAAGGCCAAACUCAGCCAGAAGGCAUCGGCGGAAGGUCAGAGGUCAAAGAUGAGGCUGUCACCCGGACCGAUGCCUGGACCAGAGGUCGCCACACAGAGAAGGACCACUACAGGGAAGAAACAGCCAAGACGGACAGAGAGGUCGAACAGCGUGGAGGAUAAUCAGAGCCAGACAUGGAGCAGAACAAACCAACAAAGCCCUGCUGCGAGGGAAAAGGACCUAUUCCCUCUAUCCUCCUUGGAGCAUCAGAAUCCGCCUAGGCCAAGGACUAAGCCCCCGAGUGGGAAAACGGCACCCAGGAAAGAACCUCGUGGUGCCACCAUGCCAAACAACACAGUUGCAACCCCGGUAGCACUACAGCAAACCACUGUGCCAACACCCACUGCCAGUGUAAAUCAGGAAAAAAGAAAGCACAGAGGCCCGAGUAGCAAAAUCACGCCCAAGUCCAGAGAGUUUGUGGAAACGGAUUCUUCAUCCUCUUCUUCCGAAUGCCAGUCUGAUUUGGAGGAAACCAUCAAAAACCCUGCUUUGCCGCCUCCGUCGACACGUACCGCAAUUAACACACAGACUCUGUCCAACUCGUACACUCCUCCUCUGCCAUGUUUCGGAAUGGGAGGUCUGGGAGCCUUUGGAGGAAAGGGACUUUGUGUUCGAGAUAGUAGCAAUGUUACCACUACCAUUAAUAGUAGCACUAGUAGCAUCAGCAGUGGUGGCACUGGGAGUGGUAGUAGCGCUAAUACGUUGAGCAUUAGCAACAUAAAUGCUUCAUUUGGUACCUCGGUUCCUGAUCCUGGAGGGUUAGGUGGACCUUGCAAAGACUUGGAGUCUGUGCCAACACACUUGAACAUUGGACAAGAUAUGCCUAUUUCCCCACUUAGGGAAUACCAGGAGAUUCAGAGUCUGUGGGUGAAAAUUGACCUGAGUUUGCUUGACAGGGUGCCUGGGCGAGGUUUUGGUCAAAUAUCCCUGGUGGGGAUGAUGGAAAGGGACAGAACUGAAGGAAGAGGGUGUGAAAGACCAGGGGAAAAGGCGGUGGUGUCUGACAGGGAGAGACAAAAACAGGGUGACAGAGAAUGGCAAGGGCCCAGACAAAGACAGAAGUUAGCUAAAGGGGAGAAGCUGGGGGAAGAAAAUGAGGCAUUAGUGCAGGACACAGAGAGGCAAGGUGACAGGGACAGAUUUACAGACAGGGACAGGCAGGCUGACAGAGAGGAGCGAGAGAGGUUCAAUUUAGGAACGAGAGACAAGGCGACAGAAGGAAGAAGAGAAAAAUUAUGUCAGGGUCUCGGAUUCCCGGACAACCACUGUGUGCAGGAGAAGAGUCUUCCAAGGCUACCUGGGAGGACAGAAAGGGGGGACAGUGGAGGAAAACACCGGAGGCAAGCAACUGGCAACAUGGUUGUCCUUGCAGAAAAGCACACGAGCAAGAGCAAGAGGAAACACAAGUUGGACCACAGUGAACCUUCCAUCAACAGCAAUAAAAAGCUUCAAUUGGACAAAGACUGUCAGCUACUCCCACCCUGCAUUUCUCCAAUACACAACCACAAAAACAGCUCUGUGGAAUCUCUGAGCAGGAAACAGUCCUGGCGGCACGAUGAGAAGCUACUUCCUCCACUUCUUUCGCCCCUCUCUGAAGAGCCCCCGCAUAAAAAGAGCUGUGAGGGCAGUUCAUCGCUCAGCCAGGAGGGCGGAGCCACUGGGACGCUCCCUUGCCCCAUUUCCUCGGUACACAGACACAGGAGAGGAGAAAGCAAAGCAUUAUCACAUGCAAGAAACAAUGCUCCAAGUCUCACAGAUAAUCAUAUUGAGAAGCCCUGUGGAGACAGUUGCCAUGCCAAUGGGCAGUCGGAAUCAGAUGCCUGGUCGGAACCACUGAUGGAACCUGCAGAACCUCCCAGACCGAGACUGUCCUUUAGUGACACAGUCCGCAGUGCAGACUACUACAUGCAGGAGGCUAAAAGGCUAAAGCACAAGGCAGAUGCAUUGAUCGACAAGUUUGGAAAAGCUGUGAACUACGCAGACGGCGCUCUCUCUUUCAUUGAGUGUGGAAACGCUAUGGAGCGAGAUCCUCUAGAGGCCAAAUCUCCUUACACGAUGUACUCAGAAACCGUCGAGCUAAUCAGGUAUGCAAUGAGGUUGAAGAACUUCACCAGCCAUUCAGCCACCGUUGCUGAGAAGAAACUUGCCGUGUUGUGUAACCGCUGUCUGUCUCUGCUGUAUCUGCGGAUGUUCCAUCUGAAGAAAGACCAUGCUGUCAAGUACUCACGCUCACUGAUGGAGUAUUUUAAGAACUCAGCCAAGAGCUCCCAUCAAGCACCUUCUCCCUGGAGGACCAAUGGAAAGAUCAACGGGACUCCAUCUCCACUCUCUCUCAGCCCCUCACCGGCCAACGGCGGAGGAGCUCCAGUUUCGUCAGGCAGCGUCGCCAUUCCCCAACGCAUUCACCACAUGGCGGCCAGUCACGUCAACAUCACCAACAACAUCCUGCGCAGCUAUGAACACUGGGAAGCAGCGGAUCGACUGUCCACUGGUAGCCAAGAGUUCUUUCAGGAGCUGGAUUCUGCCAUGGAGCCGUUGACUCAGCAGAGCAGCAUGACCGAGCUGGUCCGAUACAUCAGACAGGGGCUGCACUGGCUCCGCAUUGAGGCUCACCUGCUGUAGGCGCUGGACCACGGCCAGAUAAAAAUGGAAAAAAAAAAAAACAUAAAAAAAUGUGCCUGGGAGCUAGAACUGGGAUAAGCGAGAUGACACCCACAAUGAUGCUUUCAUCCCCGCUGGGGUCCUUCAGUGACUCAACAUGCUACGGUGCAGUAAUUGUAUUGACUCGGUGGAUUAAUUGGGCAAAAAUGCACUUAGGAAUGAAUGAUAACGACAUCGUUUGAAUGUGACUCAUUGACUACAAAUUAGCAUAAUUAAACUAUGUCUGAUGUUGCUCUUUGGAGGGACAACAAUUAUACUUGGGUACAUGUAGUUUAAAUUCCUCCCUGAAUAGGAAUAUAAGUUCCAUGUAUUUUUAAUAAGAUGGGAUCAUUUUCAAAAGGAAACGUGACAGGCUGCUGUGAUUAUAGAGGAUAAAGCCUUGGAAGGAAAGCUCUUUAGAGGCUCCAAGAAAUGUGCGUCUGAUACUGAUCCAGUUGGUAAAGUACUGGUCCAAUACAUCAAUUGGAUAAGAAUCAUGCACGUAAAGAGGCUCCUUUACAAACACUUCUAGUGAAUUAACAAAGGAUGAGAUACAUCAUCAGGGGACAAGUGGCAAUCGGCCAUUGAGAAAUAUACAUGAUAUCUAUCGCCCUAUUAAUCAUUUCCAAAAGGGCGAUGAGAGCACUUUAGCGUGAUGCCAGCACUUAGUCAAGCAGUUCAUUACAAAAAUGCACUUAAUUAAGAAAUGCCUGUUAUAUUUACUCGCCAUUCACAAAUAUGUUCUUCUAAAAGGUAUUGUUGGGAGUAUUACUUUACAAAUGUAACAGUCAUGUAUUACUUUUGCUGUGCUAAUUAUAUGUACCGUAUUUCCCGGACUAUAAGCCGCACCAGUAUAUAAGCCGCACCCAAUAAUUUAGAAUAUAUAUAUUUCUUUAUAUAUAUUAGCCAAGAUAUAUACCGGUACGUUGUGAAAUGAGAUACUUACAUAGAUUGAUUUUGUACCUUUAAUUGUUUCCAAACAAAACAAAAAAGUCAUUGAUGUCUUUAUUCAUUCUAUAUGAGAUAUGCUCCUUUUUUGAUGAGGUUCAAGAUGUUUAUCCAGAUUUGUUUUAAUUGUACUUUGUAAGCAAUUUUUUAACCUAAAUGUUCUAAAGGUUUGCGUGUAUUAAAACACGUGCAAACCUAAUAGCACACGCAGAGCUGAUCUACGACAUGUGCAAAGUAGAUUGCUUCUGUUAAGUGAGCAGAAAGAUCCAUUUUGCGUCUCUGUCUUCAUUAAUAUGCAAACUAUAUGCUGUUCAUUAGAAGGCUCAAAAUGCAAAUAUAAUUAUUUAGCACCCGCAAUGUGAUUUAUCAACACUCAUCCUUGUGAAGGACGUGCACACUGACACUGACGCAUACGGCUGCAUAGACAGUGUGUCAACAUUUAGAAAAAAUAUUUGACAUUGUAUAUUCAGCACAUUUUUGUUAUAAUUUUAUUGCUGCUGCAUGACUUAAAGGGCUGAUUAAAAUUAAUUCAAUUGAUGUGUUUUGGUGUCUGCUGGCGUUUUUGUUUAAAUGUCGUCUGUGCGGCAAUUUAAUCUUUGAGCUGAUGAGUGAUGAUUACGGGCUGAUUUGGAGAUAGCAGACACCAAAACAAGAGCAAGAUGUAUUAUUCAUAUUGCUCCUAUCUGAAAACGUGCGAUACAACAUGCAUUUUGUUGCAGUCGGAUCAUUCCAGCGCACCACAGCAGAUAUUCUCGAUGUUGUGCCAACAAACACACAGUCUGCUAAAAAUAGGUUCUCUUGUCGAGGUAGCGCCUCUAUAUUGUAGAGAAAAAGUGGGUAAACAAACGUGAGGUCACGCGCAACCCAGGAACCGAAACAUGGCACCGCUGGAUCUUUCGUGAAUCAGUGCCCGGUAGUACCGGCUGGUUUCGGUUCGUGCCAAAAUAAGUUUUGGAUCCGGUGCCCACCCUUAGUGACAAAGCAUGAUCGUAAUGUAAGACAUUUUCAUUUUGUAAAUGUAGUUAAACCGGAUGUCUAGCGUAACACUUUUAUUUUGAAGCCGGAAACGUGAUUGUUUUGAGAAGUGUCUUGACAUGUUUUGAUGUCCCAUAGACUGUUUGCAACAAAAAAUCUCCUUUCGACCGCCCGUCGACCGUCUUUCAUUUCUGUUGAGCUUUUAUAUCAUCUUACUUACUAAAUCAGCCACAGUAACAAUCUAAAUGUUAUGUUAUCACUGAACAUUAACCGUAAUCUGAAAACGGAAGUGAAGCACCACCCACCUCUAGAACGACGCACGCAGCAGGCGUUUUCUGCAGGGAUGUCGCCUCUUCUCGCGGCAAAAAAAUAGUCCUUUCUUGUCGGUAGAACAACUUGCCAUGGCUUUGAACCUGAUAGUUCCAUAAGGUAGACUUUCCUUUGUCCAUUACUGCUCGCUUGUGGCUCAUCAGUAUUAAGUGAACUGCAGCAGAGUUCCCCACGCUACGGCACAACCCGAGGGUCAAAAUGGACGCGUGUGCGUUAAUCGCCCGUUAAAAAAUUAGUGCCAUUAUUUAAAAUUAUAGUUAAUAUAUAGUUAUAUAGUAUAUAUAGUUAUAGCCCUAAUAAAUAUAUAAAACCCUAAUUUAAAUAAUUUACCUUACCUAAUUAGGUCAUUACAAUUACCUAAAUCUUUAUAAGGGUCACACCUGAAGAACAACAUUACAUUAUGAUCAAAUAUUAUUGCUGGAAAACUUUGUGCCGGGCAUUUGGUACAUGGGCCUUCAAUUAAUCACCAUCUUAAUAACCAAUACUAUAUAUCAAUCAAUCAAUCAAUCAAUGUUUAUUUAUACAGCCCUAAAUCACAAGUGUCUCAAAGGGCUGCACAAACCACGACGACAUCCUGGGUUCAGAGCCCACAUAUAUACCAUUAAUAGUGUGUAAAAACACAAUAUAACAAGGCAUGGCAUUUCAGAGAGAAGCAUUUUCUGUACUGGGGGUGAUUACUAUUAUUACCAGAGAAAGAAACAUAGUCAACCCUUUAUCUUCGAGUACAAUGUUACUGAUGCGCCUGAGUAUAGAGCUAAUAAUACAACAAAACAUUGAACAAUUCAAUAAAUUAUACCCACCAGAUAUUAUUUACAGACAAAAUGCAUCUUCAUUUCCAUAGAGCUACAGACUACCAGGCCUGUGAGACGAAUGUGGAAUCUAAUUAGUUGCUAACAUAGUUUACGUUACAUGGACUCAAAUUCUGAAGUCCCUAAGCAGAUUACAUGAACGUGGCAACACAUAGAAGCUUAAAUCUGAAAAUCUAAUAUCUAAAAUAAACAUAUACGUAUUGGAGGUAGCUUCGCCAAUAGAAACGCUACAAUAGGAAAUGAAUAAACUGUUUGGAAUAAAUGAAUACAAUUACUAUGAUUUAAGUUGUAAAUGUAGGUCAGUGCUGCUGAUAGUGUUCAGACCUUGAUGCCAACCACUUCAAUCAUUCUAGUGAUUGUAGCAUUCAACCAUUUAUGUAAAAUAUACAAAAUGACCAAAGAAUGAUCAAUCUACCAAUGCGCUUUGUUUUUAAAGCCAUUCUACUGUGGCUCGGUUCUAGCUCCCAUGGUAACCCAGCCAAUGAACUCCUCCAACAUUCUCCACAAAUGGACUGUGUAACGAUGCCAACUUGGGACAACAUUGCAUUGGAUCAAAUCAGCACUGGACAUUUUGGUCGUUUGUUGUGUUGUCGUGUGUAUACGUAUACAGCUGAUUGUGUCAACACGACUGGAUAAUUAUGAUGUUUGUGCUACACAAUUAGAGACUGUGACUUCUGCAAACAGUGAUGUUGUGUUGUAGUCGUUGUGGUUGUUUGUGUCGAUUCAAAGUGAAUGGACGAUUGACUGAUCUAUAUUCUGUAGUGUGUGCGUGUGUGUUUAUGCGUGCGUGGGGGACAGGUGUGUGUUUAUGGUUGCUUUCACACAGCAACAAAUCUGUCAUUUCUUUACGGCACAACUACAAGUUUCCUCCUGUGCCGUUUUAUUUAUUUCUUGUCAUGGUCUGUGUAAAUCCAGCUCAUUCAGAGUGAGUGUUUCGGUUCUCGUUUGGCCACUGCUGAAUGUGUAUGAAGACAAUGCGGAUGUGAAAGGAAAAUUUCACUUUGACAACAAAAAAAGGAAAAGAAAAACUCAAGUGCCUCUAUUGGUGUCCAGUGGGAACUGCUCUAUUUAUUUAAGAACAAAGAAUGAAUCUAAGUGAUUUUCCAUACCAUAUUGGUACAAAUAUGAGAUUGUUUUUCGUAAAACCAAAUGUUUCCAUAAGCUUUUUACUAGCAUUUAUGACGACACUGGGCUUUGGCUUUAAGGAAAAGACAGUAUGUGAUUCAAAGUGUCAGAUUUCCAUCAGUUGUUGAUCUUUUUUUUUCUCGAUGUUUUUGAGGGUUUGUCUGAAAUGCCUGAUAUGAAAAACAUUGCAUGCAAUAAAUGGUAGUGUAAG